GGCGGCAUCGUGGGCACUGGGUCGUGAAGCCAUUGUCGUUGUUGAGUCGGCCGGUUGACCCCCUGCACAUCACGAGAUGCGGAAGGACCGCUCAGAACGUUAUGUCCUCAUGUACUCACUAUCAUAGCCCUCUGAUUUUGCACUCCAUCCCUAAGACAUGUCGAAAGAGCAAUGCCUCUGGAAUCCUGGUUACUGUAACGUUUACCUCGUGGUUGAGACGAACAUGCGGCGUGGCCGAACACGUUUGCGUCCGAGAAUGAUGCACCGUAGGGGUCGGGUACGGCACAACACCAAAUCUAUAUGCGCAGCCUUUUUUGCAGACUUUCCACUCUCACUAUUUUGUGAUAUCUUGCCAGUACACGCGUGACAAUACCAACCUUUCUCACCGCCCGUGUCCGAGAGCGAACAAUGUCCUACUUCCGCAUUACCCUGAUCCGAUCGGCCAUCGGCCUUCCCGCAAAAUCGAGCAACGUCCUGAAAGCUCUCGGUCUACGAAAACGCAUGGGGACGGUUUACCACCCUGUUACAACCUCAGUUGCUGGCCAGAUUAUGAGAGUGAAGGAGCUGGUUGCCGUAUCGGAGGUGGACAAGCCGUUGACAAAAGACGAAGUACACCAGGAAAGGGUGCCUGAUCCUGGCUUUUACAUUGAGUCCAGAGCAGGAGAAACGAACAGGGAAUAAUAUACAUGGCCGCCAAUGGAACGAGGGAACCACUG